AUGGCUCCCGGCAUCGUCUCUCCUGCGCCGAUCUCGACAUCCCACUUUCCUAUCAGUCCUCUCUUUCAUGGCAGACGCAUCUCGAUCCCACAAGAUGACGAAAACUACUCGGCUACCUCCAUUACGAGGUACACAUCUCGUGCCAGUAGCAGAAAGAUGAGCAUGGUGGACACUUCCAACAUAUCCAAUGUCGUCUACUCCCUGAGGCGCCGCAGCUCUGAGGAGCUUGGCUCUACGACCUCGUCCAAGCUUCUGAGUGCCUCCCACGAGUCCAUCCUGGACUGGAUCAGCACCCAGCGCAUGAGCCACCUGCCUCCAGAGGGAAGCAGCCACGACAAGGUGCUCGCCUGGGCGCAACUGUUUGUUGAGAGGUUGAAUUCUUUUGACCUCGCAGUCUCCGAGUUCGCCGGUGAUAGUUACAUCGCGACGCAGCUUGCUUAUGGCUAUUGUGCCAUCUUACUUGAGCUGGGAAAAGAAAAUGCCCCAGCUCUGAUGAUUUCAUUUGGCUUUUUCUACAACAUGUCGGUAUCAUUAGUGAACCUCCUGGAACGCACCGAGCUCUUCAGCGUCUCUCAGGAGAUCCGUGAGCAGUUGGUUCUGGCUCUUUCGGACCUCGUUACGCUGGUUGCCAGCGUUUCCACUCAUUUUCACAAGGCUAUCCGUGGCAUGACAUCCGCGUCUGUUUCGGUCAACAUCUACAGUACUUUCACUUCACAGAUCAAAGCCUUCAUUGAUCGAUGCGACAAGACUGCCGAGGCGAUGUGGCGUCAUCAACUCGUCAGGGAGGGUCUGGACGUGAAUAAAGUAUCUUCCGUGAAAGCCAUUAAGGCUUGGAUCAGUCCUGAAGACCAUGUUCUCGCCAAUGUCGCCAAUUCAAUGUCGCAUUUGGCUCAUGAUCGAGAGGAGUUGACUUGCCUUUGGAUCGGGCCUUACUUGACACGCUUCUUGAAGGGCUCCUGCAAGACUCUCUCCAUCAGCGGCAAACAAGGUUCCGGAAAGACAGUACUCUCGUCUGUCAUCGUUGACUACCUGCAACACCCGGUCGGUGGUGUAGCAUACAACACCUUGUUCAUCCCCAUCAACAGCAGAAUCCCCGCUGAGACUUCAUCCCGAGCUAUUGCCAAGACCAUUCUAUCUCAGCUCUUUGAUAAACGAAUCGGCAAUGUCCAGCUGCUGGAGAUUCUAUCCGACGCAUGUGAGAAAUGCAGCAAAGCAGCCAAUGACGGCGACUAUGACAACAUUGUUUGGACAGCGCUAGACCGAGCCUUGUCCGCUGCUCUUCCCGGUGCCAAAGAACUCGUCAUUGUUGUUGAUGGCAUCGACGAGGCCUCUUGCCGCGAGGCGACCCUUCUCCAAAAGCUCACCAAUUCGGCUACUAAGGGGACAAACGUCAAACUCAUUACCCUCGGUGCUGAGAAGACGGCCUCUGCGGACGCCCACACAAGCAUUCAGAUCAAUGAAGAUCUGAUCUUUGAUGACAUCAUGGCUGUUGUCAGAGGACACUUCGAUCACACUAAGGCUUUCGCAUCCUUGUCUGAAUUGGAGCAGGAGAUGAUAGUCAACCGCAUCACCACAGCUUCCAAAGGAUCGUUCCUCUGGGCCAAGCUUGCCACGAAGAGAGUUCGCAAUGAACCUGAUUCUGAGUCUCUCAAGAAAGCUAUCGACUCCAUCGUUCAGUCCGCGAUUGUCGACUUCGUGACACACACUUUGAACGCGCCUAGCGUGACUCAAGAGGCGAAGAAGAUGCUGCUCUGGCUCGCGACUGCCGAGCGACCUCUUUCACUAAAAGAGUUAGCCUCACUGCUAUCGAUCCAACUUGACAAGACUAUCUUGGAUCAGCCUAUCGACGUUCUAUCUCACCUGAGGCCCGUCAACUCGCUCGUGUUCUUACAAGAUGGCCUGGCAUACAUCCGCCAUGGUCUUACACGCUCUGCCAUCUUGGAUCUUUUUGCCAAGGGGAAAAUGGUGCCCGAGGUCAAAGAUCACCAGACAGACUUUACCACAAGGCUCCUCUUCUACAUCAAGACCACCAUCACUCAGCAACAUGAGCCUUCUCUUGAUGUCCUCGAUGCUCAUGAGACGGCUCAGCUGGUGAACAAGUUUCCUCUGCUUGACUUUGCCAUUCGUUACUGGCCCGUCCACUUCAGACGCACCCCAACAUAUGUAAAGGAGGGUGACUCGGCUACCGUGAAGAAAAUAUCCAAGUACAUCCCGAACUCCAGCACUUUUAUCCUUCUUCAGGGUGCUCUUUGGGACAACAGGCCUACCCCCCAGUUGCUCUCCUACCAGGCUAUCGUGACAGAUAUUUGCCGCCAGGUCUUGUCCACAAAGAGCACUGUGACUCUCCAGGCCGUUAUCCUAAUGGCCGUUCUCUACAGAAGGGUCGGGUACACGACUGAAUCAGUUCACCUGUUCCACGAGGCGACUACAAUGGCUAAUACUCUUUUGUCACCCCGCCACCCCGUCACCAUGCAGACUGCCUCGGCGUUCCUUGAACUGACAUCUUCCAUGGCGACAAAUACUAAGACAGAGAUCAUGGUCAAGAGAGAAGAUGCGCUGCUGGUCUUGAUAGAAUGUUACAAGGCUCAGUACGGCCAAAACUCCGAGAUGGUGAUGUCUACCUGGAAUCGUCUUGUUGAGCAUUACCAGUUGACAAAGGAAGAUACUAAAGCUCAGGAGAUAAUCUCAUCAAUCGGAUCUUCAACCAGUAAUGGGGGAGUGAUUCUGCAGCGUGAAGGAGAUCUCCAUGUGCAUCUCAAGGGACACAAGCAGAAGGAAACUCACGAUGAUAAGAGCGUCAACCUUCUUCUUGAUGUCGAGGAACAUGACGAGCUCAUUGAGCGAACUGAUUCAUACGACUUUGAGUACUCGAUCAAGCAGGCUGAAAAGCAGAUCAAGCAUGGCCAUGUGGAGGUAGCUGAGCACUCCUACAUUGAGAUAUGGCAGCAUGCGAGUCGCCAGUACUGCACCCACCACUCUGAGCUGUGGGAGAAGAGAAAGAUGAAGGCUGUUCUCGAGUACUCCAAGUUCCUGAAGACGCAGAAGAGAGAGACGGAAUCUGCAUCUCUACUUUCGAGCGUUUGGGAGGAGUACAAGCAGAGUAGCAUGGCUGUCACUGAAUCUUCAGUCUCUCUUUUCCACGAGAUGGCCACCGUGAUGAAAUCGCUGAGUUUGACAUCCGAGUCAUUGAGUGUUCUCAAGCACUGCUCGCAGUUCUACCAGAAUACCAACCGCACUCAGUCUUCGAGCUACAAAGAAAUCCAGCAAAGCAUCCAGGCUACCUCUAGAGAGCUCGUCUCUUCAAUUAGCUCUUACUCGAGCUCUGAGACCCUGCUUGAGGAGACAGUUCUGGAGGCGUCUAACUCGAUUAGUACCAUGGACGACUCCAGCUUCGCUGCCGUGAAUCGUCUUGUUGGUUUCUACAUCUCGCAGCAUCGCUGGCAGGAUGCCACACAGCUGAUCAAGAAGGUCCUUCGCGGUGUCUGGCCGUCCAUCUUCUCAUCCAGCGUUCAGGAUGUCAUCGCCCCCAGCAAGCACGUGCAGAGCUGUGUUGAGCUUGCCGAGCGCCUUGCCGAGUGCUAUCACGCGCGUCGCCGGCUCCAGAGAGAAGAAGAUAUUCGCCUCCGAAUCUAUCGCUCUAUGCGCGUCAGCCGUGGCGUGUCAGACAAGCUUCGAGAGCGCGUCACGGUGAACCUGCUGGGCUUCUUCCAAAGGGGAUCCCAAGUCAAUCAAGUGAUCAACAUCCGCCAGGAGAUGCUAGACGACUACACCACUGAGCUCGGCCCAGAGGACCCAACAGUCAUCAAGAUGCUCUGGACAUUGGCUGAGCUCACCAGACCUCGUCCUGUCUUUGUCGAGUAUUACCAGAAGAUCAUCAGUGCCCUGAACAAAGGUCAUGAGGUUUGCAAUCCCGAGACGUUUGAGCCAUGUGUUAUCGUGGCGACUGAGCUUUGGAACAAGGGUCUCUUCUCCGAGGCGCUGUCUUACUACAGAACCCUGUUCACUACAUUCUUGAAGCAGCCCAAGCUGAACCCCAGGUUCAAUGAUCAGGAGUUCAACCGCGAGCUCUACACUCGGUACACCUACUGUCUACGCAACAUCCACAGCGACUUGAAUGUUCUGCACAAGGUUACCGUAGACUACCAGGCUCAGUGCAAGUCAGUUUUUGGCACGAACGCGUCCAUCACUAUCCAGGCUACGCUCUCGCUGGCUAGAGUUUGCCAAGAGUCCAAGCGCUACGAGCUUGACGCUGUUACGCUUUACGAGGAACUUCUCAAGAUCAAGUCGACAGAGGUAGACCAUACCGAGAUCUCCUCUAUUCUCGACUCCAUCUAUGAAGAACAAGCAGACCUUGUUGCAUCGUCCAAGUUCGAGUCUUGUUCCGCUACGCAGACCGAAAGGGCUGUCAAGAUUCUGCAAAGUCGAAUCUCUGGGGCUCGUGAAACCCAUGGGUGGGCGCAUUCGGAGUCCUUGACCAAGCUCACUGAGCUGGUCAAGUUCUACAGCAAGCAGCAUCAUACAGAAAAGGUUAUCAAUGAGCUCCGAGACACAACAGUCAAUGUUCUCUCUUCUGAGACCAGAUCCUCAAGACUCAUUGCUGCUGCAUCUACUAUUGUGUCAAGUUACAUUGCCAGCAACCAAGUCCACAAGGCUACAGAGUUGAAGGAGGAUAUCUAUCGCCAAAUCAUCCUCAAGGACACGGCUAGCACCAAGUCCCAGUUCGAUCUCUCGUUCCGGGGCCGCGAGAGCUUGGUCUUCCUGGCUCAAUUUGAACACAGCCUCAGCCGCAACUCGGCUGCAGUCAACGAUAUUCUGGCCGACUUGACUACUCAAUACGUCUACGUGCAGGAGUUCAGAAGCCUGAUCAAAGCGAAGUCCAGCAGCAUCCAGAAGGUGACUGUGGCCACAUCCCGACUUCAUCAGUGUCUGAUCAGCAGCGGGCGCCAGGCGGCUGCUGCCCGUGUGAUGGAAGACUACAAGCAAUACUUCAUCAUGACGGAGGGCCAGAAGCUGAACCUCACCAAGCCGUCCGAGGUCGAUGCCUUCCUCGACAUGCUUCUGCAGCACUUCAACACACAUAAGUCGAACAACUUCCUACGCUCUGUUGGUAUCGCUUCCAACGCGCAUGUCUUGCAGCUCCUCAAGACCCAGAAUUACGAGCGCGCCUGCGAUCUUGCUUCGGCAUCGUUCACUUACAUCUCGGCACGCGAUGAGUACCAGACCCCGGGCAUUGCCAAGUUUGUCCUGAUCCUGGGUAUGACCAUUGCCGGCCGCCAUCUACACCCGAAGCCCCAUGAGGCGGCUCGCAAGAGGAUGCUCAGUGUCUCCGGAUUCAUCACCCAGGACGUGCUCCACGUGCUGAGCGAGUUGAACAUCGAUCUGGAGCAGAUCAGCCUGCACCAUCUGAACAACCUCAUUGGACUUCUCGGCGACCAGAGGGACUUCAAGACCCUGUCUUGGUUCCUCGGCAUUCUCUGGAACAGCCGCGAGGCCCAGCGCAACUGGCGACCCUCCGUGACUCUCGCUCUGGGCCGUCGCUUCAUCAUGGCAAGAUAUCUUGUAGGCGAGUCCCUCGCCGCCGUCCGCCUCGCCGAGGAUAUCGUGUACAACUGCCGUCGCGUCUACGGCAGUCGCCACGCCAACACGCUCGAGAUGUCCAUCUUCCUCACGCAGCUCUACACGGGCAUCGCGCAGCGCUACCAGAGCCAGAAGGCCGGCCAGGACAUCGCCAUCCGCUACUACAAGAAGAGCGCGGCGAUCCACGAGAACGUCCUCCGCGUCUUCAGCGACCCCUCCUACGCCGAGAUGGAGGCCGGGCUGGGCACCAGCGCCGAGGCCGAGUCGAGGUCCUUCUUCUUCGAGAGCGGGUACGAGUCGCCCAAGGCGGUGGGAGAGAAGUCGGACGCGGAGCACGUCCGGGAGCAUCUGCAGUACCUCAAGCUCGCGCUGGAGCGCCUCGGCAGCUGGCCCAAGGACUACGUCGAGUACCAGAGGCUCAACACCGAUGUCUUCCGUGUGUUUGGCGCGGAGCUGAGAGGCAUCGAGGGUAUGGACAAGUGGAAUCUGGGGAGCUUCGGCUCGGGCAACGCCGAGAGCAGCGAGGACCUGCUGGACCUCGAGGUGACUGACUGGGAGCUGGGAGAGGCCGCCCAGGUUGGAAAUUGA